AUGGUUUACACGCUCUCAACCCCCGAUGGCUACGGCUACGUCGUCCUCGUCGCGCUGGGAGCGAUCCCGCUUCUCUCGAAUAUCCAAGGCAAUGUGGUGACGUUCCUGCGCAAACCGGCAAAGGUCCCAUAUCCGAACGCGUAUGCGUCGCAUGAGCAAGCAAAGGAGAGCCAAGAUGCCUACAAAUUCAACUGCGCCCAAAGAGCGCACGCCAACUUGCUCGAGAAUAUGCCUCAGACUAUGGCUACCAUGCUCUUCGCGGGAUUGGAGUAUCCCACCGCAACAGCAGCGCUGGGAUUGGGGUGGGUACUGGCUCGCGCUCUGUAUGCCUUCGGGUACAUCAAGUAUAACAGGAGGUAUGGCUUGGGUGGGGGUGUAUUCUGGCUGUGUCAGGGAGGUAUUUGGGCAAUGUGCUGUGCAACAGCACUGAAGAUGCUUUAG